AGAGAGAGAGAGAGAGAGAGAGAGAGAGAGAGAGAGAGAAGGCCCCUGUCUUGGGAAAAGCUUGGGUUUUGGCUGGCGUCGAUGGGGGCGUCGGGCAAGUGGAUCCGGACGCUGAUGGGGAUCAGGCCAGCGGCAGAGAUGGAGAGGCCCCCCGCGGGCGGAAAGGGGCGGAAGUGGAGCCGGCUGUGGCGGAGCUCGUCCUCGCAGAGGGGCGGCGCGGGGAGCAACGCGUCGGCGUCGGAGGCGCUGUCCGAGGCGUCGUCCACCGCAGACGCGCUCAACUCCGUCGUCGCGGCCGUGGUGCGCGCGCCGCCCAGGGACUUCCGCGUCAUCAGGCAGGAGUGGGCCGCCGUCCGCAUCCAGACCGCCUUCCGCGCCUUCCUGGCGAGGAGGGCGUUGAGGGCGCUGCGAGGGAUCGUGCGGCUGCAGGCACUGGUGCGCGGCCGCCGCGUGCGCAAGCAGCUGGCCGUCACGGUCAAGUGCAUGAACGCGCUCGUCCGGGUGCAGGAGCGUGCGCGGGACCGCCGCGCCAGGAUCUCGGCGGACGGCCGUGACUCACACUACAUCCUUGACGAGCGAAGCGGCCGCGCCGAUCCUGUCAAGGAAGCAGAGGCAGGAUGGUGUGAUAGUCAAGGCACUGUGGAUGACUUGAGAUCAAAGAUACACAUGAGGCAUGAGGGUGCUGUGAAGAGAGAAAGGGCAAUUGCUUAUGCUCUUUCUCACCAGCGGAGUUCAAGCCACUGUGGAAGGCCUAGCUCUCCUGCUGUUUCUCUUAAGAAUCAUGGGACUAACAGAAGCAAUCAUAAUUGGAGCUAUUUGGAAGGGUGGAUAUCAACAAAACCUUGGGAGAGCCGCCUUAUGGAACAAGCCCAUACUGAGCAGUCCACCAAUUCACGGUGUUCGGAGAGCAUUGAGGAAAUGAACGCAGCCAGCUCAAAACUUUCUGAUGCAAGCUCAGUCAAGAUCAGAAGAAACAAUGUGACAACUAGGGUGACAGCUAGGCCUCCUUCCACAAUCCCAGCUAAUUCUGAUUUUGUGUGUGAUGCGAGCUCUUCAUCAACUUCUUCAGUUACUCCAAUGUUUGGUGCCAAUUACCUCACAACAGAGAGAAGAUCUGAUUGCGGUCAGGGAGGUGGACCAAACUACAUGAGCUGGACUAAAUCGGCCAAAGCAAGGUCGAAGGAUUCUAGCACUCAUAAGCCACCACUUCAAAGGCAACGGUCUUCUGAUCUGCACCACAACAACAGGACGGCAUUAUCUUCCGUGGAUGUUCAAAGCACCGCUGGCUCGGAGGUUUCAGUUACUUCUAAGAGGUUAAACAGCUUGACUCUGAAAGGUCGAAGCACUAGAAGUUUGGACAAGGAGAAUGGUCAGCCUGUUGCCUUGUUUUAGGACUUAGUCCUAUUUAUUUCCAAAAUAUACUUUAGGCAUAUUGAUGUAACUUGUAUGUAUGCUCAGAUUUCAAUGCCUGUUUAACACC